GAGGGGGGCGCGGCCCUGCAGGGAAAGGUGGAGGUUGUAUGUAGUGUGUAUGUAUGCGUGGAAGUGUAUGUGUGUGUGUGUGUAUGUAUGUAUGUGUGUGUGUGUUCAUACGUGCGCGUGAGCGUGUACGCGCACUGCAUUUUUUUUUUUGUGUGUGUGUGUGCAGCUCGUGCAGGAAAGGGACAGGACAUGAGCGCACAUUGAGAGAGCGGCUCUUUUACUCGGCGUGAUCAUUUCACGCUUCCCCCCGAAGCCCUUUUUCCACCUAAAGCGUUUAGUUGCAGCUGACUGAGCACUCGCAGGGAGUGCAAUAGGGAGCGGAAGGGUCGAAUUAUUUCAACCUACAACUCGCCCCAAAAGUACUGUAGGACGAAAGAAAAAAAAAGAGGGGGCGGGGGGGGGACGAAAACAGUGCCAGAGAGUUAGGGAGAAAGAGAGGGGGUGAGAGAGACAGAGAGAGAGAGAGAGAGAGAGGGAGAGGGGGACACUGCGAAAAGUUUUUGUUCUUUUCCUUUUUUCUCCCUCCAUCGCCUCCCCCUGUUCUAACGGGGUUAACAUGGACCAGGGGCCCAAGAGUCCUGCACUGCGGCUGGGGAGAGCAGGACAUGGUGGAGUGAACCAGCUCGGAGGUGUGUUUGUAAACGGCAGGCCCCUCCCAGAUGUAGUACGACAGCGAAUAGUAGAACUCGCCCACCAGGGGGUUCGGCCCUGCGACAUCUCACGCCAGCUACGAGUCAGCCAUGGAUGCGUCAGCAAGAUACUGGGCAGGUACUAUGAAACGGGCAGUAUCCGCCCCGGGGUAAUCGGGGGAUCCAAACCAAAGGUUGCUACACCCAAAGUGGUCGACAAGAUCGCCGAUUACAAACGCCAAAACCCCACCAUGUUUGCCUGGGAGAUCCGGGACAGGCUCCUAGCUGAGAGAGUGUGCGACAACGACAGCGUCCCCAGUGUCAGCUCCAUCAACAGGAUCAUUCGGACUAAGGUUCAGCAGCAGCCCGGCCAAACGGGCUCAGUGUCGGCUCACAAUUUAGCGACGUCCGUGGCGGCCACACAGGUCUCAGCAGUGACCAGCGACUCGGCCGGCUCCUCGUACUCCAUCAGUGGCAUUCUGGGGAUCAGCUCAGCUGCUGAUGUGGGCAAGAGGAAGAGGGACGAAGGUUUGCAGGAGUCACCACUGGCCAACGGGCAUGGCCACAGUGGGCGGGACUUCCUCAGGAAGCAGAUGAGAGGGGAGCUGUUCUCGCCGCAGCAGAUCGAGGUAUUGGACCGCCUGUUUGACAGACAGCCAUCCUGUCCAAUCCAAUCCAGCUCUGACCUCUAUGUGAGCCCUGACUCUGGCAAGACGUCAGAUUAUUCGGCCAUGGCCUCACUAGCAGGCGGACUGGAUGAGAUGAAGAACAGUUUGGCUAAUCCUGGUACAGGGGCAGAGUUAGGAGCCAGUGUUUCCGGUCCACAGUCCUAUUCACUCGUACCAGGUCGAGACAUAGCCAGCACCACUCUGCCAGGCUACCCUCCACAUGUUCCUCCUACUGGACAGGGCAGCUACUCCACCCCUUCCCUCACUGGCAUGGUACCUGGUGGAGACUUUUCCGGAAGUCCAUAUUCCCAUCCUCAGUAUUCCACAUACAAUGAAUCGUGGAGAUUUCCUAAUCCCAGUUUAUUAGUGUUUCAGCAGGAUUAUGGGUCACUCCUGGGGACGGAAAUCGGCUGCUCCUCCAGUCUCUUCACCAGCCAGGCAGGACAGAUGCAAGGGUCACCGUACUACUACAGUGCGACAUCACGGGGGGCAGGCCCUGCAGCUACUGCAACAGCCUCCGCCUACGACCGCCACUGACCCCUCCUACUGAGAGAAGAGGAGGAGAGAGGAGAAGGAGAUGAGGAAGGGAGGGAGGGAGGGAUGGAUAGCACCAUCACCGCUCAGUACAAGCCUGCCAACGCACGAAUUUUUGACGUCAGUGAAGUUUGAAUUUUCUUUGAACAAACACACCACUGGGCUGCAACACAGACAUCGUCACAGGCAUGGCAGUAGCCCAACUGAUACAUAUAGGACAGAUCAGAAGAUUUCGUAAGCAAGUAAAUUUGGAACCUCCCAUGAUAUGUCAAGGCCUGGUAUCCCGAUCUUGUUUUUAACCAAUCAUCUACAAAUCCAAGAGGUCAUUGGACUGUGUGUGCAGCAGUGGCUGAAACUAUCUGUGUUGUGAUCUUCUGGGUAAACUGUUGUGUUUUCAGGUUGGGAAUAUUUUUGACAAAAUUAUUUGAGCUGAUUAGAGCAAAAUCACUUUUUCAAACAGUCUUUUUAUGACCUGACAUCAAUCAAUCAAUUUUCUAUGCCAUGCUACAGUGAAGUAAAGACAAUCCAACUCUCAUAACCUUGAAUGACCAAAAUCACCCUUAUCAUUUUCAUUCUAGUCUCUUUGCUGUAGAUUCAACACAUUUCCCCUGGGAUCACAAUGCUUAAUACAUGGGAUACCCUAAAUUUUAAUAGGAGUGUUUCGCUAAUGUUUGCUAAGCCCUGCCCUCCUUCGUUACUGUUAUUACGCCUGUCAAGUUUUCCAUUUCCAUUCCAAAUGUAAUUCCAUCUUGGGUAACAUUGGUUGAGUCUGCAAGAAUGAAAACCUUCCCUAAAUCCAGUAAGGAGCAAGACAGUAACAUGUAACCACACAAACUAUUGUAGUUGGUUAAUGAUGGGCUCUGUGACUUGGAAGCAAUGGUUACCACUGUAGAUAGUAAGCCUACAUUACAGUAUACAGUAAAUAACCACAGAGUUUAACCUGUUGUUACAUUUUCUGUUUUUGGAUUUGAAAAAACUAGAAGGCAGCACCCUUCAACUCUUAGCAUCACUCUGACUACAACCCCAUGCAAAUCGUUUCAACAUGGAGAAAUCCAAAGCUUGACAGGUCUACUGUGCCUAGUUCUGGUUGCCGAGGUACAAUAAUUAACGUCAAGGGUUGGGGUUUAGCAAACAGUCAGUUUCAUUGGUCGUAGCCAGAUUCUAAUGUGCUUGCAGUUCCCCAACAGGGAAAACUGUAUCCUCACAUCCACACUUGCAUUUGAAAUGGUUUGAAUGCCACUGACCAAUGGACAGCCCUCUCAGUAAAGCACAGCAUUAAAUCUGAGCCCUCUACUGUAACAGGAACAGUGCUGAACAUGUUCACAUCAGACCAAAACCAAAUCAACCAGGGAGAGUUAUUGUACAGGAAGGUGCUAUCCUACCUCCCCAGCCAAGAUUUAGUCCUGAUCAAGAGCUAUUUAUAAUGGAGGAGACACAGAGUAAUAUAUUCAGAAUCUUUUCUGCGCUGCACUCCGUGAUGAGAGUGAAUGCCUGUAAUGAUUUAUAAUAUGUGUCACGCUGUUGUGCUAGAAUAGUGAUGAUGAUGACGACGAUGAUGCAGUGAAAUAUGAAAUCUUAAAUACUUUCAAUAUGAGAAAAUAAGUCUUUGUUUAUAAAUGUGAUCCGAUUGCGAUUUUCUUGUUUAUAGUUUGUUGCCUGGUAUCAGUUGACACAGGUGCCAUUUAAUAUGACGCCAUUUUUAUCUGCCUCCUGAAUAUUCGAAAGAACAGCCAGGAAGCGGUGGCACCCUCUCUUUCUCUUUCUCUCAAUCUCUUUCUAUUUCUCUCUUUAAACUCCCCAAAGAUGGGCCCCCCCUAGUGGAUCGGCUGACUAACUACAAAAGCACAAAGAGACUCAAUCAUCAUUUAAAGGCGCCAUUUUACUUUUUCUGACUUCCUUUUAAAACCAUGAAGUACUUCUUCUUCUCCCCUUCUUGAGUGCUUGUCCUUGUGCUGUUAAACAUCCUGAAAUUGUUUCUAUAAAAGCAUUGCUUUCGUGAAAAACAAGUGAAACUGUUUUCUUUUUUUUACUUUUUUCUCUUUUUUUUUUGUUUGUUUGUCUCCUACAUCAGUUCUGCGCUGUGACAAUGCAUGACACCAGGGUCGAGGCCUUACCCACUCAAUGUACAGACAGAGUAGGACAGAUUUGCCCUUCAGUGCUGAUCUGAAACCAGUGUGUUAUCCCUCCCAAAUGUUUGAGGGCCCACAAAGAUGUUGAUCUUGUGAGAGGGCAAUAUCUUCCUAAACCUGUAUGUAGAUUCUUGUCUCACUUCUGUCCAUACAAGAUUUGUACAGUAAUCAGUGAAAGAGAAGUCACAAUGUCAAUAGCAAUUUCAAUUAUUCACUUGACUUUAGAUUUUAGUGAUGGAGCUUUCUUUAUGAUAAAAAGAUUAAGAGGUGUGUGGUGUUGUUUUAGCCAUCGUCUGCAAGUGUUUACAUAAUCUUUUAUUUGACUGUUUGUUUGUUUGUUUUGGGUAUGUGUGGCUGACCGUAGCGCUUCAUUGCUACUGUGUAGUUUUACUAGCUAACAGAUUGGAGACAUCAAAUCUGCAGCGUGAGACAUAAAAUAUAGCUAUAUAAACAUAUACCUAUGAACACUGAACAAAACUGUUAGUUUCUCAAUCUUUGUUGUUUCUGGGUUUUGAAAUAGUGAUAGUAUGGAUCCUUUUACAUUUGUAGACCUUAAAAGUUGUGCAUACACAACUCUAAAGAAGAUUCUUAUAAAGGCUCACCCGCUGUGCUGCCAGCAUGCACCGCAGCAGGAGCCCUUCCUUAUUUCUGUCUUUCUCUCUUGAUCUUUCUGAGGCAUUAUUGAACCUGAACCACACCAGCUGAAAACAAGGACAGUGCCUUUAGUUUUAUAUGUCAAACACCCCCUGACUGACCACGAGUCACUAAAACAAAAUUCAGCGCCCCUCCCUGCAAUUCCUUAAACAAUACUCUGUCUGCCCAUGCAACACAGGUUUAUCUAAAGCCUUCCACGAAUAACUAGCAGAGAAUUAUUUCAAUACCAACAUCAGACAAUAGUUUUCAUUAUAUAUACCGUAACAUUGCUACUGUGAUAACAGGACCUAGCACAGAUCUAGCACUGUAUACCAUGCAUCACAGUCCUGCAUGAUAUCUCCCAUCACAUGGACAUUUCAAUUACAGACCCUCUUGAAAAAUAUGUAACAGGAAUAAUGUCGGAAAUGCAAACUCACAGUCAAGAUAAGCCAUGUCAAGCCAAAUCAGAGAUGGUGCAGGACUCCUUCCUUGCUAUAAAUGAGAUUACAGUUUUGAUGCUAACAUUGCUGCAGUAUAGUUUCCAGCCACCAGUGGCAGCACUGAGCACUCAUACUAAUUGUUAUAGUCACCAGACAACGUAUAUGUAUAUUUGUUUUUAUAUCUCAGCAGCUGUUGGAUGGAUUACAAUGAAAAUUAGUAGACAUUCAGGUCCCCCUUAGGAUAAACUGUAAUCACUUUAGUGAUCCCCUGACUUUUCAUCUGGUGCCAUUGUCAGGUCAAAAUUACAAUUUGUUGAAAACAAAUGGUGAACAUGGUAAACAUUAGCCUAUAGCAUGUUGCAUUGCCACUGUGAGCAUUUUAGUAAGUCAGUGGUAGUUUUUGGCUCACAGAGGAGAUUUCCUACCAUCUUACUAGUUUAUAUUCUCAGAAUUCUUCCUGUAUCAAAGUCUAUGUGUGUUUCUGUGAAUGAAAUGUCCAAAUUUGGCAAUAUAUCCAUACAUGACUGUGAUCUGUGGUACACAGUCCUGGAUUGGGGCUACACAGGACCCACUAGCUUGACAUGGAGUUAACUCUGAAAAAAGGCACAAACUGUACAAAAAGGCCAAGUAAGCAACAGACACAUUACAAGUCUGUUCAUUAAUAUUACUUUAUUUUUUAAUUAACCAGAGCGUCUUAUAAAUGAAUUACACCCCUUUUUCACCAACGCAGACACACCAACACACAUACAUACACAUGCGCGCGCACACACACACACACACACACACACACACGCCUGUAAACAUGACAAAGUAUUGAUUGAAAGUCAUUCUCCUUGAGGAGGUGAAUCCGGUCGUGCCUCCCGUGUCUGCUCACAAGAAGCUGUAAUACCAAACAGGCCAAACUCAACGCCCAAUCUCCAAUGUACCCACAAAUCCAGAGACACAUUAACAGGAUUAUUUGUUAACUAUGCAUCUCAUAGUGACACAGCUUGCCUUGCCAUUGCUUUGACCUAACUGGUUCGCAUGGGUAGAAAAUGGGCUCUCAUUGGCCCGCAGUCAUUUCGAUUGGCAGCCGUGACAUUGACUGCAGCGGUGAGGGGGAACUGUCAUUGUGGGUGGUACUGUAGGAAGCACGACAGGCAGAGGCCACACACACACACACACAUAAAUAUACGUACAGACACACACACUCUCUCCCUCCCUUUGUCCUUUGCAGAGUGGUGAUCGCCCCUCCUCUCAUGCCCCUGUGUUCCCCAGGGGAGGCCAAACCUGCUGUGCCAUCAGAAGCUCAUCCCAGCUUUUUUUCUCCCUCUCCCUCAGCCCUAAUCUCAUCAUAUCUCAUGCAAUCGCCCCCCCCCACGCACACACACCCUCACCCCACCCUCCCCUCCUCUCUUCCCCUCCUGUAGCACUGCCACACCUCCAGGAUUAGGAAUAUUAAAACUAUUCUGUUGAUUUCAGGCCUGUGACCUUCCUCAAAAAGUCCUCCCUCUUUCUUCAGACAGCCCUAUUAAUCCUUUUUUCCUUUUACUUUUCUCUCUGACUAUUCAGACGUGAUGCUCACUGUCCUGUCAGAAAUUCUUGCAUAGGAAUGAAGCAGGGUGUUUUGUGCCAAAGCGAGGUCAUUUCAAUGGCAAUAUUGCUGCCUGUAUCUUUAUUUGGCCAAGAAUAUUCCAUGAGAUCACAUCUCAUAUUCAUUUUUUUUUAGCUAAAGAGCAUUUAAAACAUAAAGAAACACCAGUUUUAGAUCAAACAAAGACAUUUUCUUUCCAGCACUGCCACUGUUUACUGUCCAUGAAAAUAUAAUUGCAUCCUGAUUUUUUAUCCCAGCUCCAAGUCAAAUAGGAAACUGAAAUAAAUGCAAAUUAGUUUUUUUCUUUCUUAUGAUUUUUUACCGAGUAUGCACCGCCUGACUGUAUCUCAAUACGAAUCCAUGAAGAUGGCUAUAGCCUUCAUAAAACCUGAGGGGAUUUCAGCAUCACAUCUUGACAGCAAUUAGUGGCACAAUCUGUUUCAUGCUUGCUGAUAUAACUAGGCUCUGGACAGAUCUCAUACUGAAGUGUUACAAUGUUCUGUACAUCUUAAUAUUAUUCAACUGUGGAAGAGGAGAAACACACACGACUCAGCCUACAAAAAUCGACUGUGCUUUUUAAGCAGAUGUUUCAAUCAAAAAAAAAAGAAAAGAAAAAAGAUAACAUGAUUUUUCACCUUACUGUGGCCUUUCGUGUAACAAUCUGGAGUUUUUUUGUGUCCAUGGCUUCCUAUCUGGGGUGUUAAAGAGAUAUUUAUAUCUGUGACGUUUUGGUAAAAAAGAAAAAAAAAUAUGAACAAACAAAUGACAGAAAGAAAUACAUCAGAAUGCAAAGACAGAUGAAAUUAGGUUUAAAUGAUUCAUCUCGCUCUUUUCUCCAAAAUCAAAUGCGACAAAAAGAAAAAAAAAACAUAUCUGUAACAUUCACCAAAGCCUGUGAUGCCUGUUUUAAAUGAUAGAUUCUUGUACAAAAAAACAUAUAAAAUAGCAGAAAAGACUUACAGAUACAAACACAAAAUGAAGAUAAGAAAUGCCUUCAAAUAUUCUGGAGGGGAGGAUUUAAAAAAAGUAAAAGAAAUGCUUCUUUAAGAAAAUGUGUAUGUUUUUUAUUCAAUUUUCUAGUAGUUGCAAACAAAAACUUGGUGUUUUUUCUCUUCGUGUGUUGUGUGUUGUCUUAAUAUUUGAAUGUAUUUUACUGCAGUGCGAAUUUGCCAAAGAUAUCAUAUCACUUGAUUUCUCUCUCUUUUUUUUUUUGGUUGUUUUGUUUUGUUUAGUUUUUUGUUCCUGAAUUGCGACCAAUUUUGAAUUAAACAGUGAAUUUGAUAUUAUGCUUAUUUUUUAUAUUUCUGUUGUUAAUAAUGUUAUUUUAUUUCCUGGGUUUGAGUUUACUGUGAAAUAUUAUUAUUGCAGUUUGCUUGAUGCAUCUCUUCAUACUCAGUCUGUGUACCUGUCCAUCCGUCCACCUGAGUGACUGUUGUUGGUGAAUUAUUCCAUUUAUGUACCUGUAAUGUGAAGCUAAGAAGUAAUUAUUUGUAAAUAUUUGCCAUAAUUUUAUUGGUCCUUCAGAAUAAAAAAUAAUUUUUUGGAA